AUGAGCCACGAUCCCGACAGCGUGCCGAUGUUCGUGAAGAGAGGCGACUACGAUGUCGCCUUCCACGGCACUCCCCAGGAGAGAUCCAAGUCCAUCGAGAAGGACAAACAGCUGAAACCUGGACGCCGCGACUUUCACGGGCUGAAGGAUGACUCCGUGGCUUCACUCUACCCGUCCAUCCUCACCUACACCGACGUACCGACUGAGGCCGGACGCGUCACGGUCGUUCCUCAACAGCUGUUGCGAAGGGAGGGUCCUUGCAAGAAUGGGAGUCAUACCAAGGAAAUGGAGGAGGUGUUCAAAGUGGGGAGCAGGAAACCCAAGGUCUACAGAUACGAACCAAUGAGCCACGAUCCCGACAGCGUGCCGAUGUUCGUGAAGAGAGGCGACUACGACGUCGCCUUCCACGGCACUCCCCAGGAGAGAUCCAAGUCCAUCGAGAAGGACAAACAGCUGAAACCUGGACGCCGCGACUUUCACGGGCUGAAGGAUGACUCCGGAGCAGUUUACUCGACCCCAAAUCCAAAAGAAGCCCUCCCAUAUGCCGGUGAAGAAGGAGUUAUAUACAAGCUCUACUUGAAGAAGGAGAGCUACACCAAGCACAAAGGGCACGAUGCGAUUCCACAUGGCACCGCUUUUCGAUCCAGAGAUCCUCGCGAUGUUUUCCCUGCCGGGAAAUUCACCCGGCCGAAAUAA